CCCAAGAUUUGAACUGCCACAAGUUACAGAUGACAAGCAGCAGCCUCACAAGAAAUUAGGAAUAACAUGCCAUUACUGUGGAGAGGCUGGCCAUAAACUGUCUCACUGCUUCAGAGCAAAUCCAGAAUUGCGGGAACAAAAUGCCAUAAUUAGCUUAGCAUCAGGUGGCCCGAGGACCCAACCUGGAAAAGAAAACUCUGGACCUGAUACUCAAAAUGAUGGAAGCAAUCGCCUGGAUAAUAUUGUUUGUUUCAAGUGUGGGCAGCAGGGACAUUUUGCCAACAGAUGUUCGAAAGGACAAUUUGCCUUCCUCAGUUCUGGAAAUUAAUUUAUUUCUAUCUUUCUGGAUGACUUUGUUACAAAUGAUUUACAUGUGCAUGUAAUUUUUAAAGAGAAUGUUGAUUAUAUAUUUCAAAUAAAUGUAUUCUGUAAGUUUUGUGAAUGUGGCUGGAAGAGUGAAUAAACUUGUGAUAUA